CGGCGGGGUACCGGCAUGGAUAGGGGCAGGAAUAGGGCAGGGAUAGGGGCAGGGACAGGGACAGCGGUACGGCCGGUGCGCGGGCGGGGCGCUUCAGCGCCGCUCGCUCGGUGCCGAUUGGCGGCGGGCGGUGCCGGGGCGGUACCGGGGCGGUACGGGGGCGGUACGGGGGCGGUACCAGGGCGGUGCCGGGGCGGAGCGGCGGCCGGAGCGCCCCGCACAGCCAUGGGCGAUGGGUGGCUGCCCCCGGACUGCGGCCCCCCGAACCGCUCCGUGGCCGGGGUGACGGCCGUGCCGCCCGGGAGCCGGCAGCUGCCCGCCGCCGAGCUGUCGCAGCAGUGGGCUGUGGGCAUGAGCCUGCUGAUGGCCCUGGUGGUGCUGCUCAUCGUGGCCGGGAACGUGCUGGUGAUCGCGGCCAUCGGGAGGACGCAGCGGCUGCAGACCCUCACCAACCUGUUCAUCACCUCGCUAGCCUGCGCCGACCUGGUGAUGGGGCUGCUGGUGGUGCCCUUCGGGGCCACGCUGGUGGUGCGGGGCACCUGGCUCUGGGGGUCCUUCCUGUGCGAGUGCUGGACCUCCCUGGACGUGCUCUGCGUGACGGCCAGCAUCGAGACCCUGUGCGUCAUCGCCAUCGACCGCUACCUGGCCAUCACCUCGCCUUUCCGCUACCAGAGCCUCAUGACCAAGGGUCGGGCCAAGGGCAUCAUCUGCACCGUCUGGGCCAUCUCCGCCCUGGUCUCCUUCUUGCCCAUCAUGAUGCACUGGUGGCGGGAUGACGACCCCCAGGCGCUGGAGUGCUACCAGGAUCCGGGCUGCUGCGACUUCGUCACCAACAGGGCUUACGCCAUCGCCUCGUCCAUCAUUUCUUUCUACAUCCCCCUUCUCAUCAUGAUCUUUGUGUAUCUGCGGGUGUACAGAGAGGCCAAGGAGCAGAUGAGGAAGAUCGAUAGGUGCGAGGGCCGGUUCUACGGCAGCCAGGAGCAGCCGCAGACGCCCCUGCCCGCUCACCCUCACCACCAGCCCAUCCUCGGCAACGGCCGGGCCAGCAAGAGAAAGACCUCCCGCAUCAUGGCCAUGAAGGAGCAGAAAGCCCUCAAGACUUUGGGCAUCAUCAUGGGGGUGUUCACCCUCUGCUGGCUCCCCUUCUUCCUGGUGAACAUCGUCAACGUCUUCAACAGGGACCUGGUGCCGGACUGGCUCUUCGUUUUCUUCAACUGGCUGGGCUACGCCAACUCCGCGUUCAACCCCAUCAUCUACUGCCGCAGCCCCGACUUUCGGAAGGCCUUCAAGAGGCUGCUGUGCUGCCGCCGGAAAGCCGAGCGGUGGCUGCAGGGCGGCGGCGGGGAGCUGGCCCGGCUGCCCGGGGGCUUCAUCAGCACCGUGGGCUCCCCCGAGCGCAGCCUGGCCGGGACCUGGUCCGACUGCAACGGGGGCACGCGGGGCGGCAGCGAGUCCAGCCUGGAGGAGAGACACAGCAAAGCCUCCGACUCGGAGUCCAAGGGAGCAGUCAAGCUAAUGGAUUUUCAUUGCCUUGUGCUUCUGUUCAUCAGCCUAGGUGAGUUCAAAACACUCCUGCCCUUUUAUGUUCUCCUUUCCCUGCCCACUUGUCACAACCUCAAGCAUUUGGAGAUUAGCAAACACAUAGGUUUGCUGCCAUCAGCAGCAUCUUGACUGGGGAGGAAAACACAGGGUUAACCCCCUGCACCCAGUGGUGACUUUUGGCUGCAUGGGCAUCUGUAUUUUAUUUCUGGUAGCUGCAAGUAGACAAUUCCUUACCUAGGGUAGACACUAGUUUCCUACUAUUAUGAAUUCAGGCUGUAACGUCCUUCAAAAAAGACAUUAUUUCCCCACUGGGUUCACCAAAUAUUUGUUGGGUCUCCAAACCCUCCUCUUUGUUUAGAGGAUUUGCCAAACAUGCCGUAGGGCUUUUAUUGGGGAAGGAAGGGAGGUGGCGGAGGAGGAAACUAUUACAAAGCAAUUUAACAUAAACAACUUUCUCCUGUAAACUCCAGACACGGCUUGGCAGGGAAGAGGUUAAAGCUAGGGGGUGGAUGGGGAGACUCAUUAGGGCAAAGUAAUAAAUGGCAAAUUGAAAAGCCCAGGGAGAGACACAGGGGAAGAGAUGGGCUGACCCCAAAUGGGACCCUAAAGGGACUCUCUGGCUUGCUGGAAGCCCUCUGCUGCUCUGACCUCAGGGUUUGGACCUGGUUCCUCCCUCAGCAUGCCAAAGCUGGGGGAUGCUCAGACAGAAAUCCUGCAGAACUGAUUGGGAGUCAUAUUUCAAAGGUGAACCUGAAAGGUUGCUACAGAGCCAGAAAUUGCUACUUCCUGCCCCAAACCUUUGCUGGGUCUGCCAGCGCUGCCCAGAGCCAGGGAGCUGCUCUCUGCCCACUUGGAGCAGGAUUUCCGUUCUCCUACCAGCCUUGGUGCCUCAGGCUUUGUGGUCUGUUUUUGUCUGAGUGGGAAAUGCAUAAUGACAAAGAGUUUAAACAACUUAUGGUACAAGGAAACUCGCUGGAGUAAAGUACAGGACUCUAAUUUGUUUCCAAGGAAGUGAUGCACCCUCCAAAAGCACUCCCCUCAAGCACUGAUACUGGAAGUGCAGAUUAAUUGCUGGCCAUCCUCAAUGCUGCCUUCAGCCCUCAGCUGGGCUGGUACUCAGCACAGUUGGAUGCCUGAGGUUCAGGAAGGUCUGGCUGUGAGAGCUGUCCUGACUCUUGGUUUGCUUGUGUGGGUAAUUCUGGUCUUCCCGGUGCUGGGGAAGGAAAACCCAGGAGCCACAAAAGCCACAGAGGAAUUCUCUUGUUCUAUUUCCAGCCCUGCUUUUUAAGACACAAAGGUUUUCAGAGCAGAUGCAUUUCUGAAGCUUAUCUGUGUGAAUAUUUGACUGCUUAUCCAAGCAGAACAAAAACCUUCAAACCUUCUGAGGUCUAUCCAUCAAGAGCCUUAUCUCCCCAUGUCACAGUUUGGCUCCUGGCUGCUGCUGCUUGGAGCCUCCCACCACCAGCUUCCCAUCUUCCCUCUCUGUGCUGCUCCACAGCCACCCUGUGGCCACAGACCCCCUGCCACUUCAGUGCUGGCCUCUGCACUGCAUGCAGGAGCAGCAGGCUGUGCUGCUGCAUGCUCUGCAGCCAGCCAGCGUGCUGAUGGGCUGCAUUUGUGCUGCUGUGUCACAGCCCAUGGUCUGCAUCCCCCCAACACACACACACAGGGUCUGGGAUGUGGCCAGAGCAGAGCACACUGACUCUGCCUGGCCCCAAGAAUGAGGAACAUUUGCCUUUUUUUAUGGGAUAUUAAUGAAGCUUUGAUAAAGGAGUCUCCUCUGUCUGAGGUUCCAAGACUGAAACAUCCGAGGAGAAUACUUCUGAUCCUCUCCCACCUGGAAGCUGCUGGUCCCCUCUGGCAGAGGCAUCACUGAUGUAGGGCUGCUAAGAGAUCUCAAGGAGCACCUUAAAAACCCAGGCAGGCUCUACUCUUGUAGCUGAGCAUGGUGCCUGAGCCAUGGGAAGCACCAGGAGCAUGGCAAGGACACAGGAGAGGCACCAGCAUCAUCAGCCAUGUGGGAAUUCCUGGCCAAGUUAAACAGCUGCACAGUCACACUUAGUGCCCAGUUUGUACCCCGUGUUACUGAGCUGUGCCAGGAGAGUCUCUGCAGUGCCCUGGGACUUUUCUUGCUUUGAAGCUGAGCUGGCACAAGAAGUUGUCUGCAGCCAUCCUGUCAAAGCCAUGGCCAAAAACAACAGGGUGAAGACUUUGGAAAGAGCCACCCAUGCAUAGUGUCACUGAUUUAAGCUGGGGACCUGGCUGGCCCAGGGCUUGAGAACAGUCAGAGGCUGAGACCCUGUGCACCACGGUGGGGAUCAGAGACCUCUGCUGCUGGUGCUGCCUGGGCUCAGCACAGAUGUAGGCAAGCUUCAGCAUCAGGGUGGCUUUUCCAACAGGGACCAUUUUCCUGUGGUCCUUUUCACAGGAGACUCUGAUGUGUGGGUUGGUUUUGCUCUCCUCCCUGUGGCUUUAAUUUUUUUCUCUGUUUUGAUGGUCAGAGGAGCAAAGCUAAUUCCUAUCUCAUAUAAAACAAUGAAUUAGUCUCAAUAACAAGAGGAUAAAUGUGCUUUUUAUACUGUGGUGUAUGAUAAGCUAUUUAUAAAUUUCAUAUCACUGCUGGAUCAUAGUCAGAGUUUAAAAUAAAGUUUUAAUUUAACCAUAGCUUUCCAGUGCUGACAGAUAUGAUAAAUACUUUUUUUUUUCUAUAAAACCUAAUUUCAGCAGUGUUUUGCAAAAAUCAUUAGAAGCUAAGGAUAAUUCCUGUGGGUUUUUUUGCUUUGUUUUUCUCCAUGUUCCAGUGUUUAGUUUAAUGUUACAUUCCAUUAUAGAAAACAAAAAAUUGUAUCUGUGGUAAUUUAUUCUCCAAGGCCUCUGCUUAAGAGAUGGAAGGAUUUUCCUUGAGAAGACCAAUGGAAAGAGGUGUCAGCUCAUUUAACAGAGGCCUUGGGGCAGCUGCAGCACCUCUCUGAGGCAGAACCAGCCCUCAGGGCACUGCUGCAAAGCCCACUGACAAUUUCACAGCGAUUGAGCAAAUCUUGGUAUCUCAGGUGACCCCACAGGAGAGCCAAGAGGGCACAGGGGGCAGGUUUCAUGUCUGGAGGGUGAGUUUGAAACACAAGUCCUCCAUCUACAGGAGGGUUGAAUUCCUGUUGCAUCCACCGAUGAUCUGAGUCCCUUCAAAAUUUUUCUGGCUCCUCUCCAGUUUUCCUGCUUCCCCAUGUAAACAGCUCUGAGGAAGAUGUCUCUUUCUGCAAUCAAUCAUUUUCAUUCUGCAGUAAAUAGCUCUGACAUCAGCUACCAUUGUAUUGUUGGUGUAAAGGCAGCACAACAGAGCCCUACCAUGUUGUGAGGUGAGUGGGUCAGAUACUGUGCUGGAACAACAAAAACACAGGGAUGGAAUGUUGAGCAGGAAAAAAAAGCUUGUUUUUAAAGUGUUUUAAAGCUGCUGUCUGUCUUCUCAGCCCUGCAGUUUACAGCCCAUACUUCUCACACUGCCUCCCUGACAGACAAACAAGAGAUGAAGCUAUUUGGAGAGCAAGCCUGUGCCCUGCAGACAUGAAAACCCUGACACUCGUAUCUAUAUGGGCUGGCCUUUGUCUGUGAGGAGCUUCCAGGAGCUGAAAAUACCCAGGAAAGGGGCAUGCAGAAGGGGAGAGAGGUCUUCUUCUGGUGGGCUGCCAUGUCACUCAGGUUGCUUUCAUGGUGAUACCCAGGGGACACCACUGAUGCAGCCAGCUGUGAUAAUCCUUUCAGGGGAACAGGUGCUGGGGGAUAAUCCUGCUGUUUUUCCUGGUUAUGGUUCUCUCCAGUCACUAAGACAGAGCAAACAGGAUUAUCACAGCAGCGACUCAGGAGGUGAAGGUUUUGGUGCUGCGUGCCUGGGGCUCUGGGGACAUUUGUUUCCCAGGGAGGUGCUGGCUCUGCAGAGCAGCCUGUCCUGCUGGGGGCAGCCAGGUGGGCUGGGCUGGCUGCUCCCCAGGCUCUCACUCAGACCUCCUCAGGGAUGAGGGCUGAAUCCCAGAUGGAAAGCUGCUGCUGUCUACAGCUCUCCCAGGAAGAUGCCUUCCCCAGAAUCCCAGACAGUGUGGGAUGGAGACUGCCCAGCUCUGCACUGUCCCAAAUCCUAGCAGGAGCUGGGGGAGGAUGAGGGGUGGUAGCUCUGUUUGGGCUGCCACAUUUUCUCUAGCAUGGAAAGUUUGAGGCACUACAGACACCCUGGGGACUCACAGUGACCCAGCCUGUCCUGACUCUGUGAAACUUCUCUGCCUGAAGCUGUAAGUGCAGGCUCAUGCCUCCAGCAGACCUAAAUGUAUUGCCAGGUUUUGUUUUAAAUCCCUGGUGUGCUGCACUCAUCAAUCCCCUCCCAGCCCAGCUCCACUGCUCUUAGACCAGCCUGCACCCUGGUGACUGUCCUUGCCAUGCAAAGCCAAUGCCUCUCUGCUCCCAUUUCACCACCUUUUGCCCUGCUGAUAACAACCUCUGACCCCCCCUAUGAUUCCCUUCUCCACCACGGAGGAAGAGCACGUGAGGUUCUUGGAAUCAGCCUUCACAGCCUCUGUGCACAAACAACUGCUCCCCACUGCUGGUUUGCUCCAGGACUUCCCUGACCCCUGAUUUCAGUAUCAGCACAGCAAUUGAUCCUGGCUUCAUGGUUCUGUGCCAAUCUGGGCCCAAGGCUAUUUUAAAUGGAAAACUGCAAAAUAAACAUAUGUGUACAGCAUGUAGACACUGAACUGCAGGAGGAGGAACCAGGGACGUGCAGGGCUGUUAAAGCUCCAGCUUGCAGUUGUGCUGAUAAGGCAGUUUCCAAGAAAUUGCCCAGCCCUUAAAUUCUAGAAGCUCUCUCUUCCCAGGUCAACAACCUUCUAUGGACUGGAUCCUGGUGUCACUCUACAAGCAAACACAGGCCAGGCUGGACCUUCUGCAGGUGGUACAAAAAAGAGACCCUGCAUUUCUAAGAAGGGGUUCAGGCACCCUCUGGCAUAGGAAACCAAAACACACAAUGAGAAGCACAUUGGUAACUCUGGUAAUUUGGGAAAGCACAAGAAAAUGUGCUUCAACUUCACUCUUCUUCAGCCAAGCCUCCUCCUUGCCUGAGAGGGGAUGAAGGUGGUGUUAGCUGAGCUGUGCUUCCCUGUGCCAGCAGUGGGCUGCAGUGCUGCCACACUUGGGCUCCCCCCAAGGUCUCCCCUCCUCUGGAGGAGCACCCCAUCAGCUCUGCACCCAGGCUGCUCCAGCACCUGCUCCCCUGCAGCUCCACACCCUGCUUUUGGCCAGCCUUAACUUCAGACAGGAGCAAAGGCUCCUUGGAGAGCAGAUUUUCCACAGCAUCCCACAGCUCCAUUAGCAAAAAUGUUCAGUGUGGCUCUAGUGGGAGCACAGGCAGGGCUGACUGGACCCAGUUUUUUGGCUCCCUCAUUUCUCAGGGAUAUUUUAAAAUAUCUUUUGCAGGUGCAGGAGUUGACACAACAGAGCAUGCACCGUGUUAGAGUCUGUCCAGCUUGUGUGCAAACACCGCUAGUCCCCUUUUCAAACUCUUAGCAGUUGUUUCAUAAACACAAAGUACUUCACUUAAUUUCCAAACCACGUGGGGUUUCCUCAGCAGGGCCGGUGGUGGAGGACAGGGCACAGCCCCAGGGCCCUGCCAGGGCUGGCAGCAGAGCCAGGCAGAGGCUACCACCUGCUGGGCCCUCCUUGGGGAGUGCUGCUCAGCCCCUCUGCACGGUGCCACUUGCUGCCUGGCAGGAGCCCUGUGUGCAUGGCACAAAGCCCUCUGGCCAGCCCUGUGUCGCUGACAGCUUCACAUGCAAGCCCUGUGAGCAGGGAGGAUGCUUACUCAGUAGCUUUGGGCACCUGACCUGUUUCUUGCUCAUUUUAUGUCUUCCAGAGCCUGUUUCUCUUCCUUGCUGACCCCACAGAACAGGGUCAUCUUUCUGAGCUGAGGCAAAUCGCUAACAUUUUGCUGAAUUGGGGAACCUCUUAUUUCCCCAUUGAAACUUGCUCCUGCCAAAAACCAAAAUUAUUCUUCCAUCAGUCCAUAGAAAGGGGAAUAAAAUUCAUUUGUAUGGGAUGGGCACAUGGCUGAGUUUGUGUGGGAUCCCACGCUUGCACAGGGAGUCUGGAAAGUCUUCAUGGGAAACACCCCUGCAUGUUCAGGGCUCUCCAGGGAGAUGGUGGCAGUGUGUGGCCUCGGCUCUGCCAUGCAGCGUCACCAUGCACUGUGACCUGCAGUGUCACCUGCAAUGCCACCCUGCAGUGUCACCAUGCAGUGCCACCAUGCAGUAUCACCCUGCAGUGUCACUGUGCACUGUCACCCUGCAGUGUCACCCUGCAGUGUCACCAUGCAGUGUCACCAUGCAGUAUCACCCUGCAGUGUCACCCUGCAGUGUCACCGUGCAGUGUCACCAUGCAGUGUCACCAUGCAGUGUCACCCUGCAGUGUCACCAUGCACUGUCACCUGCAGUGCCACCUUGCACUGUCACCAUGCAGUGUCACCCUGUAAUGCCACCCUGCAGGCAGCACUCAUGAGCAGCCAGGUCAGGUCAGAGGGCUGCUGCAUUUGUGGGGUGCAGAGCCUGGCUGGGCAAUCCAGGAAACCCAAGGUCGUGUUUGUCCCACUCAGAUGAGUUCCGUAGCUGACCCCGAUCCUGCAGCCUUGAGGGCACCUUUUCUGGAUGGGCACUUUGUGGAUCUUGCAGUUCUGAGCUCUCACUGCUGCCAGCUCCUCCAAGGGGCUCGUGAUGUUGCAGCAUGUGCUUUUCUGGGGCAGAGACUGGUUUUGCACCAAGCUCACUGAAUGCCAUUGACACAGUUUCUUGAUUGAGCCUUUUUUGUUUGAGCUGCUCUACCAAGCUGUCCUGAGCCUCGACAGUGCAUGCUGACAUGCACAUACAAUGCAUCAGGCUUCAUCUUCCCAGUCAGCCAGGCUCUGGGAAAGUCACUGGAAGGACUCCAGUGGCUUUGAAAUAGGAGUUGACUCAUGCCCCAUGAGAUCAAAACAAAAUGUCUCUGCAUAUGAAAAAAUAUUAUGGAAACUGUAUCAUUCAUGCACGAAAGCCUCACUUCAAGUUUAUCAUAUAAAAUACAUAAUAUUGGAAAUGGAAAGAAAAAAUUACACAAGGCCUGGUGUGCAUGAAAAUUAUUGGCAUGUGAAAAUAUCUCUUCCCAUAAACACAGCUGCGGUCUGGUACACAAGCAGGCAUCCAAAAUGAGGAAUCUUGGUCCCUUUCUGCUCUUCUUCAAAACUCUCCCUUUCUGUAGGAGUAAUUACUUUCUGGACUCAUCCCUUGCAUUGUCAAGAGUGAAGGCUUAGGAUGGAGUGACCAUGAUGAGGCAGAUGACAGGUAUUUCAGGAGCUCACAGACACAGCAGCAGCACCUGAGAGCACUGCCUGGGACAGGGCUGGUGCUCAGAGCACCCAUGGCCAGGCUGCAGCACUUGGCUCACUCAGCUCUUUGUGGGAGGUCUGAGUCUGGGGUCAAAGCCUGCCCCACUGGAGCUGGCCAGGAUGUGGCCGUGGUGCUCAGCAGUGCAGAUUCCCUGUGAUUCCCUCAGCCCACAUCUGCAGCUUGAUCACAUUCCAGCAAGAGCUGAGUGCCAUGGUCCAGGGAGCAGGAUUUAGCAUAUCACCUUGAGGAAACGAGCAGAGGAUAGUUCUGCAGCCACAGCAAAAGUAACUGAGGGAAAAAAUGAAUUAAUGUGGGUAUUAACCAGC